CCGCUAAAAGUGAAUUUUCUUAAAGCCGUUAUGGUAUUUUAGCACUUUCUUUAUUCGCUGUCCUCACGUCAGAAGCCCUCGCUGUCAUCCCCCGUGACUCCGCCGCGCAGCGAUGGGGGGGCGGUCCGCUAGAAAAGCCUGGGGGAAACCCCAGCCAGACCGGACCAAGCCAUCAUUCAAUCCCGCCAGCCGGCGUCGACAAGGUUCCUGCCGAAGAGCCGGGAGUCGCCGAUAGUUUUAAGCGGCAGCGUUAGCGGGGCCGGUGUCUGCAUUGCUCUGAAAAACACACGGUGACUUUCAAAGUCGUGCGUCUUUACGCCAUGCUGGAGGGUGGCGGCAAGGUGCUGAAGGAGGGCUUGCUGGAGAAGCGGAGCGACGGCUUACUUCAGCUGUGGAAGAAGAAACGCUGCGUCCUCACAGAGGAUGGUCUCCGGCUCCACCACCCUAAGCAGCAUGACGACCCGCGUCCCCAGCAGCACCAGCAGGUCACCGAGCCGCGCAAAGUCAAGGAGCUCCCCUUCUCCAACAUGAAGACUGUGGACUGCGUCGAGAGGAAGGACAAAUACGUCUACUUCACGGUGGUCAUGAUCGAGGGCAAGGAGAUCGAUUUCAGGUGUCCGCAGGACGAGGGCUGGAACGCCGAGAUAACCCUGCAGAUGGUCCAGUACAAGAACAAGCAGGCGAUCCUUGCCGUCAAGUCUACGAGGCAGAAACAGCAGUUGCUGGUGCAGCAAAAAAUGAUCAGGAACUCGCAAAGCGUGGAGUGACUUUACCCUGGAUGCGGGAAUAGCUGCGGUAAGCCGGUCCCGAAGGAGGCUUUCCCAGAACUGUCAGCCCUGCAAACUGCUGUUCGUGGGGGAUUUGCUCUGCAGGACUGUCCGUCUCCUCUGGAUGUUGCUUUAGGAUCUUUACUUUGAAUCACACUUUGCGCCGCCACGUUGCUGCCAUUGUUUCUGAAAUUAUGGUUUUAUUGCAAACUUGUGUCUCGCUACAAUGAAGUUAAAGCACGAAACCCGUGUAUAGGAUUACGCUCCGUGUUGCGUUACUUGGGCCAAUUUGAUAUUAUAACCACAUCGGUUGGUCAAGAAAAUAAUUCCGAUUUUUGGCAACGCCGAACAGGCCUAUGCUAACACGGCAGGAUAUUUAAUUCGCUGGCAUGAUAAACUAGAAAAAUGAAAUUCACGAGUAACGAAUCCUUGAUUUGUUAGACUUGUGGGGUCUAAACUAACGAAAAAUAAUUUUUACGAACUUUGUAUAUUACGACUCUGAAUGAUUGGAGAGGUUAACUUUUCUGAGUUCAUUCGUGAAAUCGGACAAAUUAUUGAUUAAUUUCAAACCACCCUGAGCCAAUUUUUCUCCUAUACUAUGAGCUAGGACCCGGGAGUAUGACAUUCCUAAAAUAUGAAGCACCGUUUAUUUCUGUGUUCCCCUUGAAGUCCGUGCUAUUUUAGUAUCGCCUAUGAACGCAUUCUGUCCCUGUACGUCAAACUACCAUGACACCUGAAUUAGUUUAAUUUAUUGUAUCCGCAGGUUAAUGGGAUGUUCAGCAAAGAAUCGAUGUUGCCUCCCGAUAUUUGACUAACAAAGGGCGCCUUGAGUCUCACUGACCGCUUCUCGCUCCCAGCAACGUGCAUCUCCAGUAUUUCCCGUCUCUUCUCCAAAGUCUUUAACAGAAUGCAUCAUAUACAGUUUAUCUAGUUCAUCAGAUUGUGGUAUUUUAUUUAUUAGUUGCAUAUGUUGUCUUAGGCUUUACAUUCGUUAAUGUAAGAAUGUUGUUGCUGAGUAAUUAAACAGAAAUUGUGAAUUAUGCACAUAAAAAGAAUAUAUUAAUGGUAUGCUAACGGCACAAUGAAAUAUAUUCAAAAUAAUUGAAGUAUGCAGCACACACCGCGCUAAGAAAGUUUCAACUGACGCCCGUUUUGAUGUUAUAAGCGGGUUUCUUCUCUAACUACUAUCAAGGCCAGUCUUUUAACCCCCAAAUAGUUAAUAGUACCAACCAAAGAUUUCAUUUUGAAAGCGCAGUUGACCGUAAACUAGCCUUGUUUUUGUUCCUCGACAAAUUAGAAAACCUGGGAAUCGAGGCGGCAUAAUUUAACUCUGACCGACUUGCACAGAUGUAUUUUUAUAAUCUGGGUCAGUAAACCCAAGGCCAUAAUUAAACGUGCUCAUUGUAUAGUAGUUGCCUUGUAUCAUGUCUCCUCAGAUGUUAUUUCAUUCAUGAAUUCCUGUGUCUCUGUUAAAUCUGAUUUGAAGACUAUUUUCAUAUACUUGAAUAUACAUUCCACUUCAAACACA